AUGGAUAAUUCAGUUCAUAUCAAUUACCUCCAGUCCCUCUUAGGACGAAACCUGCGCAUUCACACAACCGACACUCGCAUGUUUGUGGGUAUCUUCAAGUGCACCGAUAUGGACCGCAACGUUAUCCUCUCAAACACAUUCGAAUAUCGUCUUCCGAGCCAAAAUGCCGUCCAGGCCGCCGCGGCAGAAACCGCAUGCACAUCCGACAACGCAACGGGCAAAUUCAAAAUGGACAUGACCAGUCGCUUUAUCGGGUUGGUCGUUGUGCCGGGUCAACACAUUACCAAGAUUGAAUUGGAGGAGAACCCUUAUCAGAUGCGAGUUCAGCCGACGGUACCAGUAAUGCAUUAG